CAAGUUGCUCACUGAUGAUAAGAUUUUAUCUUCAUCGUUUCUCUCUCAUCUUCCUUGUACCAACUUCAAACUUGAUUUAGACUCAUUUGAUAAGAAAUCAUUUUCUCUACACCAUUAGUGGUCAUCAUUUUCCUCAACGAAAUGUUACCUUUACUUUCAAUAAUCUUUGUUUUGACGUUUGCUUUUCUUUAUAAAUAUCUUGUCUUUAUACCUUUGAUCUUUGGAUUAUUCAGAUUAAUUGGAUCGACGAUUGUUUUUAUAUCAUUUUCUUGGUUAAUUGCGAAAUUGAUUCAUAAUUAUAUCUCAUCUCGUCUUCUUGGUCCAAUUCCAGCCUCUGGCAAAGCCAUUUUCAUCACAGGAUGUGAUUCAGGUUUUGGUUAUGGAUCAGCAUUAGAGUUGAAUAAAAAAGGCUUCCGUGUAUUUGCUGGGUGUUUGUUUCCCGAAGGUAAAGGUGCCAAAGGUUUACGAUCAUCAGUCAAUUACAAGGACAAACUUCAUAUAAUUAAAAUCGAUGUGACCAAAGAUGAGGACAUUGAAAAGGCAUUCGAAACAAUUAGUGAACAGUUAACUAAAUCAGGCGAUUGUCUUUGGGGUAUUGUUAAUAACGCUGGAAUACCAAGAGUUGGCAAAUGUGAAUGGGGCUCGUUUGAUGAUCAUUAUGGUCAAUGUUUCGAUGUUAAUGUUUAUGGGGUGGUCAAAGUAACACGAACCAUGUUACCUUUACUAAGAAUGACAAAAGGAUCUCGAGUAGUCACAAUUUCAUCAAUUAAUUCACGAAUGACAUUUCCAGAUACAAGCGCUUAUUCAAUGACCAAAGCGGCUUUAACACCUUUUCAGGAUGCACUUCGUUCAGAGGUUGAUUCAUUUGGAAUUAAAGUGAUCUCCGUUGAGCCAAGUUUCGCUGCAACUCCGAUUCUUGAACAAUCGCGAAUCAAUUCACUUUACAAUAAGAUUUAUGAUGAUUCGACCUUGGAGGUUAAAAAAGCUUAUCCCAAUUCUGAUAAGUUAACAAACGGAUUACAAUUACUUCAAGCAAUUCCAAAUAAAUAUCUGUCAAUGGAUAAGACAUAUGAGAUUGUAAUUAACAAUAUUGUUAAAUCACUGACUGAUUACGAGCCACCAUAUAGAUUAACAUGUUGUCCAUUGGUCAUUUCAAUACUUUAUUCAAUUUAUCCAAUCUUACCAUCGGAAUGGACUCACUUGAUUCUCGGCAAGUGGUUAGUUAAAUUGUCACAAAUUUUCGGUGAUUGAUUAGCCGAAUAAUUUGAAUCUUCGAAAUAAAAUUAUUUGAUCAAUAUUCAA